GCGACGAAAAUCAAAGUACCACGAUCAGCAGUUCCAGGCAGAGUUCUCCAUGAGUGCUGUGACCUCCCAUCUCUCAGGCACCUACAGGUGUUAUGGAUCUCAAGACUCAUCUCUCUACCUGUUGUCAUAUGCCAGUGCCCCUGUGGAGCUCACCGUCUCAGGACCCAUCAUAACCUCCACCCCGCCACCCACAAUGUCCAUGCCACUAGAUGGAAUGCAUAUGUACCUGAAGGCUCUCAUUGGAGUGUCUGUGGCCUUCGUCCUGUUCCUCUUCAUCCUCAUCUUCAUUCUUCUCCGACGAAGACAUCAGGGAAAAUUCAGGAAAGAUGCCCAGAAAGAGAAAGAAUUGCAACUUUCUACAGGAGCUGCAGAGCCCAUAACCAGGAACAGAGAACUCCAGAAGAGGCCCCACCCAGCUGCUGCCACCCAGGAAGAAAGCCUAUAUGCUUCAGUGGAGGACAUGCAAACUGAGGAUGGUGUGGAGCUGAACAGUUGGACACCACCUGAGGAAGAUCCCCAGGGAGAGACUUAUGCCCAGGUGAAACCCUCCAGGCUCAGGACAGGAGCUGCCUCACCUUCUGUCAUGUCAAGAGAACAGCUGAACACAGAAUAUGAACAAGCAGAAGAGGGCCAAGAAGUAAACAGUCAGGCUGCCGAAUCCGAGGAGUCCCAGGAUGUGACCUAUGCCCAGCUGUGCAGCAGGACCCUCAGACAGGGGGCAGCCGCAUCUCCUCUCUCCCAGGCAGGGGAAGCCCCAGAGGAGCCCAGUGUCUAUGCUGCUCUGGCGUCUGCUCGUCCAGAGACUGUUCCUAAGGACAAGGAGCAAUGACCCUCUGCCUGCCAGGAUGCCUAACGGAGACCUCCAAGGGACUCUGGGAACGUUUGGAAACCUGACUGUACU